AUGAACAUUAGCUUCUUCAACUUUCAUCUUCCAUGUAGAAGACUUGUUCAUGAUCCCAUAUACCUCUGGAGCACGAAUAACACGACCAUGAAUAUGUCUGGUCAGGAGUCUCUUCAACCAACACUGUCCCAGGACGGUGCGCCCAACGAGUCGACGCCUUUGCUGGCUGAAUCCACUCCCAGCCAUCCAUACUCUGUGUUCACACCUUCUCAGAAGCGGCUCAUUAUCCUUACUGCAGCUUUGGCAUCUAGCUUUUCACCUUUGUCCGCUAAUAUCUACUACCCGGCGCUGAACUCGAUCGCCGCCGAUUUACAAGUCAGCACCUCGAAAAUCAAUUUGACAAUCACUACCUACAUGAUAUGCCAAGGCCUCGCUCCAAUGUUGACAGGGUCGUUUGCAGACCAGGCGGGUCGGAGACCUGCAUACAUCGUUUGCUUUGUGAUUUACAUACUCGGCAACAUUGCACUUGGCCUACAACACAGCUUCUUAGCGCUUCUCAUCUUGCGCGCUGUUCAAAGCUGUGGAAGUAGUGGGACUGUGGCUCUUUCAUCUGCGGUGGUAGCUGAUGUUGUCACAUCCGUCGAACGGGGCUUGUAUAUGGGGGUCACAUCAUUGGGAAACAUACUCGCUCCAUCCCUUGGCCCGGUUAUUGGAGGCGUCCUGAGUAAGUAUUUUGGGUGGCAUGCAAUCUUUUGGUUUCUUGCAAUUGCAGCUGGAACAUUCUUUGUGCCCUUGCUAUGCUUCUUUCCUGAAACCUGUCGGGGCGUCGUGGGCAAUGGAUCGGUCCCUCCAGUCGGAUGGAAUCGAUCACUCCGAGAUUACUUGCAGGACUCUGCGCCAUUUCCCCCACCUCCCUCCAGCGUGCCGAGGCGUCGCGUGCAGAUCCCCAACCCAUGCUCAACUUUGCGUUUGCUUUCCCACCGGCCUGUGGGACUAGUGCUUUUGGCAAACGGUGUUUUGUUCAGCAGCUACUACGCCGUCACAGCUGCAAUUCCCUCAUUGUUCAAACACCACUAUGGGCUGGAUGAUAUGGGAAUUGGACUGUGCUUUAUUCCUGCGGGCUUAGGAUCCCUCCUCAGUGCAACUGUUAACGGAGUAUUAGUUGACUGGAAUUAUCGGCGGGUUUGGCGUACCACCGGUCAAACGAUACACAAGAACCAGAAAAUAGACAUCAUUGGGGUGCCCAUCGAACAAGCAAGACUGCAGAUUGGAUUACCAAUGGCAAUAUUUGCAUCAGUGUCAAUUUGCAUAUACGGGAUACUGAUACCAAAGAACCCACCCAUUCUUGCAGCGUUAUUGAUGGUCUUUAUCAUCUGUUUCUGCAUCACAGCGGCUUACAAUGUGAUGAACAUUCUUGUAGUAGAUCUUCACUACAACACGCCGGCUACCGCAAUGGCGGCGAACAAUCUAGUCCGAUGCUUCUUGGGCGCCAGUGCCGCUGCCACAAUCAGUCCUCUAAUAAAAAGAGUUGGUACGCAGUUCGCAUACACCCUGGUAUCGGGUGCUCUGGCCCUGGUAAUUCCACUUCUGGUUAUUGUUUAUUUCAAGGGUUGGCAAUGGCGCAAGGUGCGGGCCAACCUUGAUGCACAGCAACAAGCCCCCGAAUAG